UUUGAAAGCGAGCGCGGGCGUUGCGCUCGGCCGUGAUGGCUGAGGAGCUGCGAGCAAGGGGCGCCUGAGGCGGGGCCUUGUCCGUGUGGGGGAUGCUUUGCGGCGUCUCCGGUCCGGUAACAGGCCUGGGCUUUCUGUGGGGAGUUGCGGAAAUGUGCGUAUUUCUCUCUUUUCGGGUCUCAGUGGGUGAGUUAGGCCGGAAAUGAGGGCGUAUUUUCGAGGGGCGUCCCGUCCUUUGACAGCCCGAGGGAAAGGCUAAAAGGAGGUGUGGCGAGGAGGGAAGAGGAAGACGUCUCCUCAGGGAAGACGCGAGGGAGUUGAAAUUUCUUGCCAUUAAGCUUAACAUUCUAUUCUUCCACAUGAUGAAUUUUCUUUUGGAGAUUCGAACUCAAGCGUUUACGGAGGAAAUGUUGUUUUUAAGAGAAAUGAAUAGAAAUAACCCAUUUUGAGGAAGCCAUGGCAAAAUCAAACACAAAAUACAGAGUUUGUUCUCGGGAAUCUUCAGUGUCUUCUCUGCUAGCAAGCUGCAGCCUGAAUGGUAGUAAUUCCUCUAACUCUGAUGGCUCUUUUCACUAUAAGGAUAAAUUGUACAGUUCUGCAUCUCAGGCUCUACAGGCCUAUAUUGAUGAUUUUGAUCUAAGCCGAGUACAUCCUGGUGUAAGCACUGGAAAAAUUAACACUGAUGAAGGUUCCACUAAUAUGCCACAGUUCUCCAACUGUAUUUAUAAGCCAAACAAUGCUUUUGAAAAUCUUGAUUACAAAAAGCAUUCAAACUCCUUAUCCUAUAGAAGACUGACUAUUAAUGACACAGACUCCAUUAGCUUAACAACUGAUGAUCUGUUAAAACUUCCAGCCGAUGGAUCAUUUCCUUUCACUUAUAUUGGACAAGGUCACCGAACGAGCAGGAAAAACAAGAAAUGUGUUCAAAGACUGGGUCCAUUGGACAUUGAAAAGAACUCAAAAUUUCAAGAACCCUUCACUCCCAGGGGCAAGGAUAACUUGGCUACUCCUGUUGUAUACACACAUAUAAAUGGAAAGCAACGGGGUAGGCUAAAAAACCCAAAACUUAAGAAUAGGACUAAUAAAUGCAUUUCUGAAUCAUCUUUAUCUUUUCCCAAGAAAUCGUCUUUUGAGGACAAUGCAGAACACAAUCUUGAAAAGAAUUAUCCAAGAUGGCUCACUAGCCAGAAAUCUGACCUUAAUGUUUCAGGGAUAACUAGUAUACCUGAUUUCAAAUACCCAGUCUGGCUCCACAAUCAAGACUUGCUACCUGAUGCAAAUAGUCAAAGGGUUUAUGUAGAAGAUCAGUGUUCCCCUAGACAUAGUUAUCAGGCACAAAGAACUUCUCGGCUUAUGAAUAAAUUAGGUUGUUUUGAAUAUUCUUUUGAACCCUCAAACUUUUCACAUUCCUUGAGUGAUGAUAAAGGAUUAGUUAAUGAAUACAAAUGUGAUUCUGAACAUAACCAAUGUCAGUGUGAGAAUCCACUUCUCCCAGGACAAUCCAAAAAGCCAUUCAGUGGUGACAAAAUUGAAUUGCUUAUCCUGAAGGCCAAGAAAAAUCUAGAGCAGUGUACAGAAGAAUUACCAAGGUCUAUGAAAAAGGAUGAUAGUCCUUGCUCAUUAGAUAAACUUGAAGCAGAAAGAUCAUGGGAAAAUAUUCCUGUUACUUUCAAAUCUCCUGUUCCUGUUAACUCUGAUGAUAAUCCUCAACAAACUUCAAGGGCAAAGUAUGCUGAAGGAGUUCUUGAAGACUUUUUAAAUAAUGAUAAUCAGACCUGUACCCUUUCUGGAGGCAAACAUCAUGGUCCUGUUGAAGCCCUGAAACAAAUGUUAUUUAAUCUUCAAGCAGUACAAGAAAGUUUUAGUCACAAUAAAACCUCAGAGCCAAAAGAAGAGAUUAAGCAAGUUUCAGAAGGUGAUUUCUCUGAAUUACAGUUGAAGGAAAGUAUGAUUCCUAUUACUAGGUCACUUCAAAAGGCUUUGCACCAUUUAUCUCGCCUGAGAGACCUGGUCGAUGAUACCAGUGGGAAACAGUCACCGAAAAUAUGAAGAGGAAAAUAAAACUGUCACCAAAAUAAAUAGUCACCACAAAACAAACAUGUAUUUUUUUUCUAUUACUUAAACUGACAAUGUAAUUAUAAGCCAUACAUUAUUCUGUGAUUAGUUCAAGUAUUACAUAUUUCUAAAAAACUGAACUUGAAAAUAUCCAUAGGUUUCAUGACCUAUCCUCAUUUUAUGCCAAAAUGCUAGAAUGCGAACUGGAAAGAUCCACAGUAAAGUCUUACUUUGGUCCUCAGGCCUGCAAAUGUCUAAUUUUCAAAGAUGGAUGAUUUCCGUUUUUAAAGCUUGCCUGGACUUACCCUCUUCAGCAUCCUCAUUAUUUUGUUGUCUGGUUCUGUAUCAUUAAGAAUGCCUCAUUUCUGUCUAAAGUCUCUUAAGUUAAAUAGACUUUUUUUGACACAGUUAGCACUUAUUAUUAAGUAGCUGAAAGGAACAUCAAAAUUGUUAUGAUGUAUCUUCUUAUCCAUAUGGAAGUCUGUUGCUUUUAAGUUUUCAUAAAUGAAAUAUUAAAGAUAUUUUGUAUUUUCAAAUGGCAUCGAUUUAAUAGUGGGUGAUGCAGAAGUGUUUUUAUUUUGUGACAUCCAAGAGAACCUCCUCAUUUAGUUAAUGUUUGAUUCUGUUUAAGAUAAUCUUGAUAAUACUUGACAGUUUACAAAACAUUUUGCGGGGGAGAUAUUUGAGAAGUUAGUAUUUUGAUAAAAGAUUAUUUCUUAGAUUUUAGUUUUGGUGUUAGCUCAAGCUACUGAAAAUUGUGACUCUGUGGCCAAUUGCUUUAUGAAAUUUGAUAACUAAACCUAAAGAAGAUGAAUAUGGAUAAUCAGAGAGCAACUCUGUAUUUUAAAGCUAUUUUGUUAAGAGUUGAACUUUCUUUAAAGCAAUCUGUAGUCUUCAAAGUUUGUCUCUGGAUGAAACUGAACAGAGCUCUGUAAUUUUGUAAUUUCUACCAAGCAAGUAUUAUUAUUAAUAUUUCUAAUAAGCAGGAAGAAUCUUUACAAACAAAACUAAAAAUCAAGUCAUAAAACAUAACUAAUACAGCAUAAUAAAAAAACGAUGAAAUUCAAGAACAUCUGUGUGUAUAUACAAAUACUAUAAAUUAACACUAUCCAAAUGGUA